UUACUCUUCGGUUGAGUGACCAUUCUUCUGACUAAUAUGGACCACGGUGAAGGCAGUAGAGAAGGUUCUUCGGGAGAGAAUUUAGUUAGUGUAGAGAAACACUUGAAGAGUGCUGUAUUGGAUGUUGCAGAAACUGGACUUGACGGGACAGAAAAUAAAAGUUCCGAAAGUCAAUCCUUAAAGUGGAGUCCUUACAGAAAACAGAUGGUUCUUGAAUGGCAUAACGUAACUUACUCAAUAGCGUUUUUGGGAAAGAAAAACUGGAAUUUUUUUCAGAAAGGUGAAAUACAGGAGUCGAACAAGUUUACCAUUUUAAAAAAUGUUUCUGGAAUUGUGCGACCAGGAGAGUUACUUGCUGUAAUGGGUCCAAGUGGAGGAGGGAAGACAACUUUGCUCAACGCCCUUGCCGGAAGGGCUAAUUUUGUUUCAGAAGGCGUUAUACUGUUUGAUAAGAGGCCUAGAGUUGCUGACACCAGAAGAAAAAUUGGCUAUGUCGUGCAGGAUGAUGUAUUCUUCACUCACCUCACAGUGAGACAAACCUUAGAAAUAACUGCACGUUUGCGUCUACCAAGAGACGUUUCAUACAAGGACAAAAUGGAAAGAGUGGAAUAUAUUCUUCAGAGGUUAGGGCUUUUGCGUUGUCAAAAUACUAUUAUUGGCGAUCAGUUCAAAAAAGGAAUUAGUGGAGGUGAACGGAAGCGAACUAAUAUCGCCGACGUGCUACUGGUAGAACCGUCGAUUCUUAUUUUGGAUGAACCUACUUCAGGUCUUGACUCGAAUACAGCCCUUACAGUUGUUCGACUCUUAAGGGAGCUAGCCAGCGAAGGACGUACUGUUAUAACCACGAUUCAUCAACCUAAUUCUAUGAUGUUUGCUGAAUUUGACAAGUUAUUACUACUUGCAAGUGGACAAACAGUAUACUAUGGCCCUGCGAAAGAAGCAGUUGUGUAUUUUAGUCGUCUAGGUUAUGAAUGUCCUUACGGAUUCAAUCCAGCGGACUAUUUCAUUGCUCUAUUGACAAAUGAAGACUUUGGUCAAAGUGAACCCAUAAGGCAGAAACUAAUAGAUGCCUGGAAAGAGUAUGAAAUAGACGCUGAUCUCGACUACAAGUUAUCUGAGGAGAAGCUUGCAUUGGAACAAGCAGAAGCAGAGCGACACAGGUCUCUUGGUUGGAUAGUGAAAGAUUAUUUCGCAGAUGUACGUUCUGAGUUUGACACAUCCUCUGAAACUGGGAAAUACCCGACAACCUUUUUCGAGCAGCUUCGUGUCCUUGCUUGGAGAGCAUAUCUUCAGAAGAAGGGAAAGAUGUUUGAGUUGCUUACAGUCUUUCAGGUUUCGUUCAUUGCAUUAAUAGUUUCUUUUAUUUGGUUCCGAAUCCCUAAUGAUAUUGACCAUCUGAUAGACCUCAUGGGUGCUCUCUUCUUCGCUGGCCUAUUUUGGGGAUUCUUUACUUUGUUCCAAUCAUUGACGACUUUGCCAGCAGAAAAGCCCGUUCUCUCAAAGGAACGGGCAUCCGGUGCCUACAGGCUUUCUGCAUACUUUCUUGGGAAAGCGCUUGUGGAAAUACCUUUGGAUUUGAUCUAUCCUUUCUUUUUUAGCGUUUAUAUCUACUGGAUGUUGAAUUUGAAUCCCCAAGCUAGUCGUUUUAUUCUUUUCUUGGUUUUCGUUGGGAUAACUGUUUUCACGGCUCAGUCCAUUGGUAUCUUUAUCGCUGCAGUAUUCAUGGACUUCCGAAAAUCACAGACACUUGCAGCUGUUUUUAUGUUGACAAGUAUGUUAACGGGAGGCUUCUUCGUCAGUGACAAUCAAAUGCCUGUUUGGAUACAAUGGAUUCAAUACUUAUCAUUCAUUCACUAUAUAUACGACUCUUUCAUGCUUAAUCAGUUCGAAGGGGAGUAUUUUCCAUGUCCACCGGGAAACACUUCAGGUGUCACAAGUUCUGGACUGAGUUGUCCAUUGACUGCGCAGGAUAUUUACUCGAUGCGAGGUGUAAUAAGCAAUAUAGGACGAGGAGGCAACAUAGCGAUAGUUUUGGCUUAUGGAAUUGCUUUUCGAUAUUUUGCCUUUCUAGGUCUUAAAUACCUUAACAGAUCACAUAAGCAAAAGCGACGAGUGUAGCUGGAGUGUCGUUCAGAGUUUUGUUGAAGCGUUACUUGUAUAUAUAUUUUGUCGUAUCCUUUAAAUAAUACAAAUAGAAUCUAUUAUGGUUUCAUUCUGCUGCACGAUCUUUCAGUUAUUUCACUCGUUCCCGGUAACCGAUUGUCUUAUUUGUCAUUCUCUAGUAUUUUGCUUCAGGCCAGAUCCAACAACUAACCUUGAAUGUCGAGGAAACGACAGUCGAAACAAACCUUCAAAGUUCAAGCUUCGUGCCGUUUGGCGGUGCUUUUUGGGCUGAAGGUUUCGGGACUCUUUUGUUGACAAAAGGCAUCGUGGAAGAAGGUUAUGGAAACUUUGCGAUGACUAGCACGUGGAAGGGAUACAUAGAUGUAUUGUAAUCUCUG